AACAUACACUACUUCCAAUAUUGUUGAGUUUCCAAAACAAGUUUUACAAGCAGUUGUCUUGUCAGUCUCUCUAAUAUGCAGCUUUCUGGGAUCACACUUCUCUGCUACCUAGCGACUGCUACAUUCGCAACACACAGUCCGGGACAACCAUGCAGCGGCUCUGGGUACGACUGUAGUGACGACUUUCGUAGUAUCGUGGUUUGCAAUGGCGCUCAGUGGCUGAUUGCUGCUACCUGUCCCUCGUCAUGCUGUGCAUGGCCUGCUGGCGCUCUUGCACCGUUCUGCAGCUGCUAAGUAUAGCAACAAUCAAUUUUUUCCCUAGGUUGAAAUUUAGCAAAGACUAAAGACGGUCACAUAUGUAAAGUUUUGUUGAGGGUGCAAAUUUUUCUUGUCAUUUACUCGAAGGAUUGGGACAAAAGUUUUGGCAAGAAACAAAGGCAAGCCUGGCAUGACCAAGUAACAUAACCCUGAGAACUAUUAUUGAAACAUAUUUGUCUGCUGUCUAAUUUUAUACUUCAUUUUCUUCCAGUG